UAGUAAACGAUGAUGGAUAUAGAGGUUACGUUUGAUCGCAGGCAAGUGUUGGGUCGUGGUGCAUUCGCCUCGGUGUUCGUCGGUAAAUGGAGAAACAUUGACGUCGCCGUCAAGAGGAUUCAACUUCACGACCUACUUACUGAUCGUGAGGAGAUGGCCAUGAAAGACCUUGACCAUCCAAAUGUUAUCAAACUCCUCGCGUUUGAAGAAGACUGUGAUUUCAAAUAUUUAAUUCUGGAACUUAGUUUGAGAACGGUAGAAGAGUAUUGUAAUGGAAAGUAUACAGGUAUUAUGCCGCCCGAACCUGAUGCGCUGUACCAGAUGGCCGACGGAUUGUCUUACAUUCAUUCCAGGAAUCUAGUCCACCUCGAUGUGAGCACUGGAAAUGUGCUUAUUGCCAGAAAUGAGGAUCAAGUGAUCUUGCUGAAGAUUUCGGAUUUUGGUUUUUGCAAGCCAGCAUCCAACACCGGAAGCUUCUCGACGAGCGAAGGUUCCAAAGGAACCAAAAAAUACGUCGCUCCGGAAAUGUUGAAAUUGAUGGAUCAUAGAUCGGGAGGUGAGAAGCCGAGGGGUAAUGCGAGCAGUGACAUUUUCUCUAUGGGGUGUCUUUUUUUCAUUUAUCUUACCAAAGGCCUUCAUCCCUUCUCCGACGGAUCCAUUCAUACAAUUCCAUUGAACAUUAUUGACAACAGACAGUAUUUAGGAAGCUUGGAUGAGAGACACGGUUAUGCUUUACCUUUGAUUAAAGGGAUGAUUCAAGCAGAUCCUGAAACGAGACUGGGAUUGGAUAAAGUUAAAAAGCAAUUGCUUCCGCUUUUACGUCCUUCAGCUGUCUGAACUGUGUGAUAGACAUAUCAAGAUUUCCAGAACAAUAAAUACGAUCAGAGUAAUCACACAUGCCAAGUUAUAACUUCCAAAAGGUGACUAAUUAGUCCACUAGUAAGUAGUAACGAAUUGGUGGUAACUUUUAUUAACAGUGUAGGUCGGGGAAAAUUUUAAAGAUAGUAAAAACUAAAAAGGGAUUUAACUAACGAAUGACCAUUUCGCAAGGCUUUUUCUUAAUGAAAUAAAAAAUAUUUAUUUGCUGUAAAAAAAUUGAUCCUUCCCUGCAUUUUGCAAAUGUGACAACGCUGUCAUGCUCGUAGCCACUUGUUUUGUUUAUUUUCUUAUCACUUGAAAUUAAUUUUCUUCGUCAACUUGAAAUUCAAAAAAAGUAUCGCAUAUUUUCUUAUCUAAGUAUUAUUAGCUAUUGUUCAUACAGCCAGCAGUUGCGCAGCACAUAUUAAAGUGAUUUCCCCUUCUUUGGAGCCUUCUUUCAAAGUAAAAUGGAGUAUGGCGGUAAGUCAGUUACAUUCGAUAGGAAAGCCGUGUUGGGUAAAGGAGCUACUGCUGUCGUUUUCUCUGGCACAUGGGGCAACCAAAAUGUCGCUAUCAAAAGAGGUGAAUUGCCCAAAUUCAACGUUCGUGAGGAAAGCACCAUGAAAGCCAUUGGGCAUCAUGAAAAUGUCAUCGAUUGUUUUGGCAUUUUGAAAGACUGUGAUUUCAUAUACAUCAUUUUAGAAUUGUGUGAUGCUACAGUGGAACAAUAUUGCCAAGGAAGUUACAAAGGAAUUGUACCUCCUGAUUAUCAAGCCCUUUACCAGAUGGCGGAUGGACUACACUUCAUUCACUCAAAGAACCUUGCCCAUCGCGAUAUAAGCACAAGCAACGUGCUUAUCAAGUUAACUGGUGACAAGGUCGUGCUGAAAAUAGCUGAUUUCGGGGUUUGUAAAAUUGCUUCCAAUAGCGGCAGCCUGUCGAUGAGUGGUGAUGGAUGCAAAGGAACACUCCCUUUUAUUGCUCCCGAGCUGCUCAAACAGAUGCAAGAUGAUAACUAUCAAGAAUCAAAUGAAAAUGGAGUAAGAGGGCACACCAGCAACGACAUUUUCUCCUUGGGUUGCGUAUUUUACCGAUUUCUCACUAAAGAUGGACAUCCCUUUAUAAAAGGCGCGGUGAAACUGUGUUAUCUCACAAUAAAUAAUCGGAUUAAAUCGAAUAUUCUCGAUAACAAACAAUCUUUGGAACGCUUGAGUGAGGAGCAAGCUUUUGCCAAAGCUUUGAUAGUAAAAAUGAUUGAUCCGGAAAAAGAAAAAAGACCCCAACUGGAAGCGGUAAAAGAAGAAUUGUAUUCACAUUUAAAUAGCAUAGAUCUGCAGUCAAACUGUACUCCUUCUGUUCCAUACUUAGUUGAAGGUGUUUAAAUACGCCAUCACAUAUGUUCAGUUCUUUAUGAUGGGCUAAAGUCGCAAUUGUUCAUUGUUUCAAAUGUUUAGGAAAAUGCUGGUUUGUCAUGCUGUCAUGGCAAAAAAGAAGUUCACGUAUUACAAAUUUACAAUCUUUAUCGUUUGUAUAGUAGUAUAACAUGGCAAAGGGUCUUGUAAACAAUAACUUGCAAGUUGGGAGAAUGAGUCUGUCCUUAUCUUCUUUCGGAUUUAUCGCAAUGCGCACCAUUUUCGGUUGCUACGUGAGUAAUUAAACGUCAAAGUUUGGUGCUAUGGCGCGUGAAGGAAGGCAAGGCAUACGGCUAACAGACGAAGUAAGUUGUUAUACAAAUAAAGUGUUAGGAGAAGGAAGGGUUGCGUGUGUUUUUCCUGGAAUUAAAGGAAACUGUAAAGUAGCCAUUAAAAGAAUUCAAAAAGAAAAUUUCAACAAACUGGAGGAAAGUUGCAUGAAAGCUCUGAAUCAUCCCAAUGUCCUGGAAUUUUUUGAUCUUAUAGAAGAACAACACUUUACGUACAUAGUCUUGGAAAUCUGUGACGCUACAGUGGAAGAUUAUUGUCGAGGUGAAUACAAGGGGAAAGUGCCAAGCGAUCGCUCCGCCCUGUUUCAGAUGGCGGACGGGUUGGAUCACAUUCAUUCGAAAGGUUUUGCUCACCGCGAUAUCAGCUCCAAUAAUGUGCUCAUCAAGUUAACUGGCGAUGAGGCCGUAAUGAAAAUUUCUGAUUUUGGAGUAUGCAAGCCGGCUUCCGAAACCCAAAGUUUUUCUAUGAGUGGUGAUGGUGUUAAAGGAACGAUUCCAUUUCUGGCUCCCGAGCUGCUCAGACAGAUGCUAAGUGUUGAGAAUCAUCAAGAUACAAAUGAGGGUCGAAGUGGAGUAAGAGGGCACAUCAGCAACGAUAUUUUCUCUUUGGGUUGCGUGUUUUACAGAUUCCUCACUAAAGAUGGACAUCCCUUUAUGCACGGCGUGGUGGAAAGUUCUUUCAAUAGCAUAAUCUCUAAGAUUAUAUCGAAUAUUGUCGAAAACAAUCAAUAUUUGGAAGGUUUGGGCGAGACUCAAACCUUCGCGCAAUCUUUAAUAGAAAGGAUGAUUCAACCCGACAAAGACAAAAGACCUCAGAUCAACAAGGUUAAACAAGAACUGAAUUCUCACUUGAAUAAUUAAAUCUAUUACAUGCGGUUUGUAUUCGAUAAAACAUGGCUUGGCUCAGUAACAAUUUGCGCCUGAUUCAAACGGAAAAUUGCUUUUGAAUGAAUAUGGUAUCUUUUUGCAUCAUUCAUGCAAUGUUCUAGUUACCCUAAUUGCAGGAUAAUGUAUGAUUGCGAGCCCGAAGGGCGAAGCUAAUAAUCGGAUACGCAGAAAAAUAAAAACCAUG